AUGAAGAACAAUGUUAAAUUAAGUUCCGUAGAAGAUCGCCACGACAAGCAUAUUGAAACAUUAAAGCACACCCCAUCCCAUGUCAAAGCUUUUUGUGAUGUUAAAGAAUACUUUAGACGAUCGUUUAUUAUUUGGGUUAGAAAGAUUUGCCUUAAAAGCAAUGAAACGAUAAGAAUUGCAUUGAAUUGUGAAUUACUCGCCUACUGUCAAGAGGAAAAAGAUAUUCUGAACAUUGAAUUGCUUUUGUUGUUCAAUGGAGAAUCAUUUCAGCCACGUUAUCUAAUUAAAGGCCUCGACUGUUCGAUGAAAGAUAUCAAGUUUCAUGGAUCACCAACGUUGACAAUCUUCAUACAUUGA